CAUUUCUGAUGGUUAUAAUUAAUUAAUCUUCUCCCUCACCCGCUCUUUCCUCUCUAUCAAAGUGCCCCCAAAUAAUCACCCUAAUCCCCUCUCUCUCUAUAAAUGAACACCCUAAUCUCAAAUCCUCCCCCAAUAGUCACGCUCUCUCUCUUUUUCUCAAUCAAAUCUUCAUUCUUCCCAAAACUCUCUCGCUGUCUAAAACGCUAUACCCCAAAUCGUCCCCGAAGCUCUCUCUCUCAGAUUCUCAUUCUUAGGUCCUAGGUAUCGAACGUUCUGAACUGACAAGGGUAUAAGAUGUCUGGAGAAGAGGAAGAAAAUGCCGCAGAGCUCAAGAUUGGAGAAGAGUUUCUUAAGGCCAAGUGUUUGAUGAAUUGUGAAGUUGCCCUUAUUCUGGACCACAAGUAUGAACAACUUCAGCAGAUGUCUGAUGACCCCUCGAAUCAGAUAUCCCAAGUGUUUGAGAAGUCUCUGCAAUAUGUGAAGCGCUUCAGUCGCUACAAAAACCCUGAUGCAGUCAGGCAGGUUCGAGAAGUCCUGAGCAGAAACCAGUUGGCAGAAUUUGAGCUGUGUGUGCUCGGCAAUCUCUGCCCUGAAACUGUAGAGGAAGCGAUAGCGAUGGUUCCGUCUAUCAAGGCAAAGGGGCGCUCUAAUAACGAUGACGAUGCGAUUGAGAAGAUGUUAAAUGAUCUAGCACUUAUCAAGAAAUUCGAAUAGAAAGUGGGAUCUGCUUAGUGUGUAGCCUUCUUCUGCUGCCCCUAUGCUUCUGUCUCAUUUUUUCUGUGGCUUCGGUUCCCUGAGCUACCAACAAACUAAAGGAGCUGAGUGAAGACACCUUGUUGAUGCAACUGUGUAGACUUGGUUUUAUAUGUGCUUAAUCUGAGAAUAUGUGAUAUUGUUUUUUGCUCUCUUUCAACUGUCUAAUCAAUUAGAUCGAUAUGAUCUCUAUAUGCAUAUGAAUUAGGCCUUGUGUAAAUUAUGUGUAUUGAAAUAUUGAAAGCUCAUUCAAGAAAUCGAUGAUCCUUUCACUUC